AUGGAAUUUUUACGAAUUUUUAGAAGUAUAGAAGGAAACUUGAAAAGUGACUCCUCGUAUUUCACUCAGGAAGAGUCCCAGCGUGAAACAGAGUUUAUUGAUGGAGGGGUGAUGAGUUGCCCACAAUCGCCAACUGAUGUCUCUAUAUCUUCUGCACCUUCUACCUUCCUAAGUUCAAGUGUAGGUAGGAAACGCAAAGUCACUGCAGCAGGAGAAGGUGAAAAGGCUGCAUAUUGA